CGAACACCACCGGACAACAUUGUCCAUCGUCCGUGCCACUACGCCGUCGCCAUGAAGUUUCUCGCCGGCUUCCCCGCAGUGCGUAUUGCCCAGCUCGUCGGGAUCGGCGCGUCAGGCUAUCUGUCUGGCUUCAUCUCUUCAUGCUCCAUCGUGGGCGUCCCGCCGCUGCUCCUCGCCCCGCCCGACGUCGCGACGAAGCAGUGGGCCAAGCUCUACCACACCGGCGCACGCAUCGCGCCCGCCACCGCCGGCGUCGCCUUCCUUGCCUACCUCUACCUCGGCUACAACUCUGGCCACUACAUCAGCCCCUCGGAGGGGUACGCAUACCUCGCCGCAGGCACCUGCACGCUUGCGAUAGCCCCGUACACGCUCCUGACCAUGAUGCCGACGAAUCACGAGCUGGAGGCGCUGGCCGAGAGUAAGGAGGCGACGGUGGAGGACGCCCGUGUGAAGUCGUUGCUCCAAAGGUGGUGGCGGCUGAACCUGGUGAGGUCUCUGGGGCCUACGACUGGGCUUGUGCUGGGGUUGCUUGCGCUCGGGGCUACUUCGCCUGAGCAGCGUGGUUUGCUUGCGUUAUCAUACUCGCCGUCCCUUGCUCUUUGACUUGUAUCACCCUUGUAAUGAACUGCGUCCCCUCUGCCCUCCGGACUGAUGCCCCUUACCGCCGUGCCGUACGCCGUCGUCAGCACGUCAGCUGUCAGUCCGUAGUGGUGCUUGCUGCUGCGCAGAACUGAUAGCCUAUGUAAGGUGAGUCGGCAUCAUGCAAUAUGCACAACAGAAACCACCCCUAGGCCUACCCCGCCCCUGAGUCUUCAUCGCCACCAUGACCUCCCCCGCCGGCCUCACAAGCGUGCGCAUCGCCCAGCUCGUCGGGAUCGGCGCGUCCGGCUA